AUGGAGUGCGGCGGCCGAGUGAAUACAGCGCUUGAUUACUGUCUCAAUUGUCACUGGUUCGAUCCCGGAGUACUUCCACUUACACCCAGCUUUACAAAUAACAAGGAUGACCACUACACAACCCCGGAUAACAAGGACGACCACUACACGACUCCUGGUAACAAGGACGACCACUACACGACUCCUGGUAACAAGGACGACCACUACACGACCCCAGAUAACAAGGAUGACCACUACACAACCCCGGAUAACAAGGACGACCACUACAUCGACUCCUGGUGGAGCAUUACACGACCCCAAGUAACAAGGACGACCACUAAUGACGCAAGUAACAAGGACGACCACUACACGACCCCAAGUAACAAGGACAACCACUACACGACUCCUGGUAACAAGGUGGAGCAUUACACGACCCCAAGUAACAAGGACGACCACUACACGACCCCAAGUAACAAGGACAACCACUACACGACUCCUGGUAACAAGGUGGAGCAUUACACGACCUCAAGUAACAAGGGCGACCACUACACGACCCCAAGUAACAAGCACGACUCCACUACACGACUCCUGGUGGAGCAUUACACGACCCCAAGUAACAAGGACGACCACUACACGACCCCAAGUAACAAGGACAACCACUACACGACUCCUGGUAACAAGGUGGAGCAUUACACGACCCCAAGUAACAAGGACGACCAUUACACGACCCCAAGUAACAAGGGCGACCACUACACGACCCCAAGUAACAAGGACGACCACUAG